GUGCGGGACCGGAAGCAGAAGUGGAGCGUGAGUCUGUUGUGUAACGCGGCUCUUUUCUCUCUCACGCGCGUCUCUAAACAUCAUAAAUGUCUAAAGUUCUGGUCCUGAGAGCGAAGGUGACAGAGCGGCUGACUGCGGCUGCGCACGAGAUCUGUGCGCUGUUUGAAAGAACAAUAGCGGAGUAUGAGGAGGAACUGAGCCGCUCCAAAGAGGAGAACCAGAGGAAACAGCGGCUCCUGGACUCGGCUCUCGGCGCAGGUGUUCAGAUGGACCGGUCCAGCCCUGAGCCCAGUGUGAAGGAGGAAACCCCAGAGACUCCACAGAUUAAAGAGGAAGCAGAGGAACAGAGCCUCAAACAGGAACAAGAGGCGCUCCCAGAGUUCACUGUUGUGUGUGUGAAGAGUGAAGAACAGUCCUCACUGCUUCAACAAGGACAAACUGAGCCCAGAGAGGAAGCACAGGGAGAGCUCUGUGGAGGAGCACGAGCACACAUCAGCACAGCACACACACAUGGACAGGUCCACUCACACACUCACCUACAAACUCACAACUCUUCAGACACUGACUGUGAUGAAGAGCCUCCAGCCAGCACUUCAACUGCACACAUGGAGACAGAGGCUGACCACAGAGAACACUACGACCAAGGACAGAGACGAGACACAAGUCCAACUGCUCACGACUCAGGUCUAUUCAGUAAAUACAGGAGUGGAGCCGAGCCCAGAGCCACUGGCCCCGAGGGACCCCUGUCUGGGACUGAUGAAGACAGAGGAGGGGAGGAAUUUGUGUGUCCGUUUUGUUUAAAGAGCUUCACGAGUGAACAGAGCUAUGAAAUACACAUCAGUGUUCACACUGGCAUAAAACCUUACAGCUGUUCAUUGUGUGACAAAACCUUUAGCACGAAGGGCAAUCGUCACACACACAUGAAAAUCCACCGAGGAGAAAAACCCCACAGCUGUUUAAUCUGUAUCCGAGCGUUCACCUCGAGCUCCGCCCUCAAAGUGCACAUGAGGUGUCACACAGGCGAGAGACCUUACAGCUGUUCAGUUUGUGACAAAACCUUUGGCCAUAAGACGGCUUUAAAUGACCACAUGAGGACGCACACUGGAGACAAACCUUACAGCUGCUCCAUCUGUAAAAAAGAGUUUACCAAAAAGGGUAACUGUGAUUCACACAUGAGGCGACACAGAGGAGAGAAACCUUACAGCUGUUUAAUCUGUGAUAAGGGCUUCGCCGUUAGCUCCGCCCUCAAUGUCCAUAUGAGGACUCACACAGGAGAGAAACCUUACAGCUGUCCCACCUGCGACAAAGCGUUCGUCUGUAGAUCUGCACUGAACGUGCACAUCAGAACCCACACGGGAGAGAAACCUUACAGCUGUUCAGUUUGUGAAAAAAAGUUCAUGCGAAAGGGUCAUCUGGAGGUCCACCUGAGGACGCACACAGCAGAGAGACCUUUCAGCUGUCCAGUCUGUGAGACAACCUUUGUCCAAAAGUGUGAGCUUCAAAACCACAUCAUGGAAAGUCACACUGACCCGUCUGUUCAGAAUGUCUCCGGGGCAUCAGGGUCAGCUCAGCCUUAAAGUGGAACAGACACUAAAUCCACUCUUUUUUACAACUAAACUAUGUAUGUGGAGGGGUUUUUUAUUAUCUACUGCUCCUGGUCAUUUUUGGCAUUUUAGUGCUGCUUUCUGGUCAAACAUGCCUAAAUCUAAGUUUGUGCUGCCUCCGGUGGUCUUUGCAUUUCAAGUACUAUGUGACAUCACACAGGACUGCCCUGAUUACAGCCAGGUUUUUCUAAUCGCAAACACCUGGCUGCAGGGGUGGAUACCUGUCGGACCAAUCACGCUGUUCCUUAUACCUCAAAACCCCUCCUCCUCUUCACUCUCCCCUUUAGUCCUCCAGACCCCGCCCCUCCUCCUCCUCACUCUCCCCUUUAAUCUUCGACCAGUAAAGACUCUUAAUACUUCCAUUGAAAGCAGAAUGUCGAUUGAACUAAUAUUUGGGAACCUAUUUAUGGAAAGUGACAUCUGAUCCAUCAAACCUUCAGGCACCGGUGUCCGAUCGGUUCGUUCCUGAGCUUUAUUUGGCGACUGUGAGAUGUUGUGCGUUUGUGAUCACUAUGACGAUGAAAUGGCUCUUUAAAAAACGCUGUUGUGGUGUUAAGGCUUUGAGGGUCUGGGGCGUUUGAGAUGUUUUAUUUUGGUCCAACUUGUUUUAUUGUUUCAGAGAUGUUUCAUUUGACUGAUGAUCUGUUCACUUUUCUGUUCACAUUUCAAGUUUAAAUGAGUUUCUAAACUGUUCUGUGUUGAAAUGAGUGGAUUUAGUCUGAAGACGUGACAUCAGGUUUAAACCGGGUCAUGUUCUGAGAGGAGGAGUGUGAGCGCAGAGGAGAGACGUGCCUUUGAGAGGAAACAGAUUUACUCUCGACAUGAGUCUGGGAGCAUUUUGUGUGUUUUUUUUUCAUGCCUUUUAAACCAAAAACAAUCAGAGGAGCUUCGUUCUGUGUAAAUACUGAGCUGUUCACAUGUUUGUUUGUUUUUCUGUUUUAUUUUUACUGUUCAGCUCCUUGUAAAAACUUCAUAAAAAAUGCUAUUAAAGACACACGGCUAUU